UCUGUACCUCGAAACCUCAUCCAUCUCUGUGAAAGUUCAAUUUUAGAGGAAAAGGUCAAAUCAAAAUCAGCGAACUACCGGCUUCAAUUCGUUUAUUUCCCCCCGUUUUUCCUUUUCCUUUUCGAUCAAUCAUUCAAUCCAACCAUACAUCUCCUCUUAUCUUUCUCUCUCUUUUUCCAUUUCUUUCUUUCAAUCCAAACGCACGCUUCCUGAAGUUCGUUCUCAACAGUGCUUCGUCCCGCUGGUUGCCGGAGGAAAUGGACUCCGAUUUCUGGACCUCCCGCCUCGCCGCCGCCAAGCGCCAGUAUAUGUUGCAGCAUCAUCACCAGAGCUCCAACUUAGAUCUAUUGGGAAUCGAUGAUUUGGAGAUGGAUGAUGACGGCCGCCCCCAUUUUCCAUGCCCUUAUUGCUAUGAGAAUUUUGACGUUAUGUCCCUCUGUUCGCAUCUGGAAGACGAGCACUCUUGCGAGACAAGAGUCACGGUUUGUCCCAUAUGCUCAGUUAAAGUCAUGGGAGACAUGUUAAGUCAUAUAACAUUGCACCAUGGGCACUUAUACAAGCUUCAGAGACGUCACAGGUUACGUAAAAUUGCUAUCCCCAACAGUCAGGCAUUGUCUCUGUUGAGCCGGGACCUUCGUGAGGCUCAUCUGCAGGUGCUUUUAGGGAGCACUGGGUACCGUACAAGCACCACUAAUGUGCCUAGUGCAACUCAUGAUCCAUUUCUAUCAUCACUCAUUUUGAAUUAUCCUGCCUCUGAAGUUGAAGAUAUUUCAAAAUCCAUGCUAACGACUGCCGAAGAGCCAUCUUCAGAGAAUGUGGCCCCUUCGCCUAUUUGGAAACCAAGUUUUGAUCCUUCUUUGAGCCAGGAAGAACGGGAAAAAAGAAUGAGACAGGCUAUUGGGAGAGCAGGUUUUAUGCGAGAUAUGCUUUUCUCAACUCUCUUAAACGACUAAUGAAAGCAAAUAGUGAACGACAAAAGGGGAGCAUUGAGCUCAUUGGCGCUCGAGGGUGGGCCGGCCAGGACCAGGAGCCAGACCAUAAUACAAGGACAAAUUUGAAGCGAAACUUCGAUGGUCAACACAGCGUAAGAAUCUCGGAUUAAAUGGCAACUAUUGGGACUGGGCCUGGGGCUACUUCCAAGAAAUUAUCGAUGCUUUCUUUUAAAACCUUCUCUUUUCAAUAUGACACAACUUGGCUGAACUAUCAUCUUGAAAUUGAGACGCUGCAAUUUAUUAUAGCGUGAUAAUGAAUUGGAAUUUGGUGUUAUAAUUGAGAACAGGGAAACGGAUGUUCAUGGAAGAACAUUGCAUAUAAUGCUGAGUGACCAAGAUCAUUAUAGAUCCAACUUAUUUCAGCUAUCAUUUUAUAUGUUUAGUUUUAAGGUUAAAUUAUCAUUUUAGUUAGCUGUUUGUGCUUCAUAUCA